GACCUGGGUCCCUGCCAGCGAGUGAGUGGGUGUCUGAACAAAGAAAAGGUCUGGACUUUGUUCAGGUCACAUUGUUGACUUCAGACUGAGCCUGAAAAAGAAAGUGAAUGUGUUGCCUAUAAAAGCAUCUUCUCCUCCUUGUUCCAGAGUCACUCUGUCCAGAGCCACAUAAGCAAAGAUCCCUUUCACCACCAUCUUACACACUGGACCUUUAAGUAAACAAUCUGAAUGCAUCUUCCUCCUCUGGGGUGAAUUCCUGCAUUAACAUGUAGUCUGAAUGUCCUACUUUACAGCAAUGGGAGGAGCUCCUUCAGCACUCUUUGAGCAGCCAUGGAGGGAGGUGUCAGAGAAGUACCAGAGCAAUCUUAAGUUUGUGAAAUCUUACCAACCUGAAAACAAACAGGUCAAACAUCUCAGGAUUCUGCUUCAUGGACCAGAUGGUGCUGGAAAGUCGAGCUUCAUCAACUCUGUCGACAACGUUUUAAAAGGCAGAUCUGCUGGUCGAGCUUUGACAGAUGGAAUCUCUGGGAGCAGCUUCACCUCAAAGUACCGGACCUUCAAAUUUCACAAAAAUCCAGAGGCCACUUACUCUUUUGUUUUCAAUGACAUCAUGGGCUUUGAGAAGGAUUCUGACGUUGGAGUCCCUGUGGAAGACGUCAAACUGGCCCUGAGAGGACACGUGAAAGAAGGUUACAAGUUCGACCCUGACCAAGAACUGAAGGAGGGUGUUGAUGGCUACAACUCCGAUCCCACUUUGGAAGACAAAGUUCACGUUCUGGUGUGUGUUGUUUCUGCGGACUCAGUGUCUUGGUUAAGUGAUGAGAUGGUGAAGAAGAUGAGAGAGGUCAGAAUGGCAGCCAGUGAACUGGGAAUUCCCCAACUGGCUAUUCUCACCAGAGUUGAUGAAGCCUGUCCCGAGGUUAAAAAGGACACAAGCAAUAUCUAUAAGAGCAAGUACCUGAAGGAAAAGGUAGAAGGAUUCCACCAUCUGCUGGGCAUUCCACUGAACUGCAUCUUCCUUGUGAAGAACUACACUGAGGAAAUUGAGUCAAAUGACAAAAUGAACGCUGCAAUAGUGUAUGCACUGAAACACAUGCUUUUGUAUGGAGAAGACUUCCUCAACGACCUGGAAACAUGAAUACCUCUGAGGCAAAAACACAGUAGGUGAUUUGUAGGGGAAUGAGGAAAUAUUCAUCCAAUUUUU